AUGGAUUCGGAAGAGGUUCACUACCCCACCCGUCCUGUGGACAAGGACAAGGCAGAACAGGAACUAGUCAUCAAUAUCAAGAAGGCCACUAGUUCUGACGAGUCAGCUCCGAAGCAGAAACACGUCCGAAAAUGCAUCGUUUACACUUGGGAUUAUCACAGCUCUAUCUCGUUCUGGAGUGGACUCCGCGUACAGCCUAUAUUAUCUGACGAGGUGCAGACUUUCAAGGCACUCAUAACUGUCCAUAAAGUUCUCCAAGAAGGACAUCCAGUCACCAUCAAAGAAGCACACGGUCAAACAGGUUGGCUCGAGACCUGUGCACGUUCCGUCAGUACCGAUGGCCAGCGAGGCUAUGGGUCCUUAAUAAGGACCUACGUACAAUACAUUCUAGCCAAACUUCGAUUCCACAGAAUCCGGCCAGAGUUCAAUGGGUUGUUUGAAUACGAGGAGUAUAUCUCUUUGAAAGGAAUCCACGAUCCAAACGAAGGAUAUGAGACCAUCACUGAUCUCAUGGGUUUGCAGGAUCAGAUCGAGUCCUUCGAGCGGAUGGUCUUCUCGCACUUCAGGCAUUCCGCUAAUAAUGAAUGUCGCAUAUCAUCUCUGGUGCCAUUGGUCAAGGAGAGUUGGGGGAUAUACAGGUUUAUCACUAGUAUGCUGCGCGCUUUGUACAGGCGAACAAAUGAUCACGAAGCCCUUGAACCACUCCACCAACGGUUUAACGCACAGCACUACAAUUUGCGCAAGUUUUACUACGAGUGCUCUAACCUCAAGUUCUUGACUAGUCUUAUCAACGUACCGAAGCUUGGUCAAGAACCACCUAAUCUGUUCGACAGUGGCAAUCCCCCAGAUCUACCAGCUAGGCCGAAGACUGCUGCAUCCCCGACUGUACCCCCAGCAGCACCCUCCCCUGAUGCUGCCGCCGUCAGUGAACAGGCUCGAUUGCUAAAGGAAUACGAAGAUCAACAAGCUGCCCUGCGAGCUCAACGCGAAGCCGAGGAACGACAGAGGCAGGAGCUUGAAGCACAACAACAACGCGAGUUUGAGCAGCGGCAACACGAGCAACAGGAGAGAGAACGCCUAGCGCAGGAACAACUUCUGCAACAGCAGAUGAUGCAAAUGAAUAACCAAGCUGCUCAACAAGUGGCCGACUACCAGCGAGAGUUAUUAGCCAUGAGGGGACAGUAUGAGAGGGAUCAACUACUCUUGGAGCAAUAUGAUCGUCGUGUAAAAGCACUUGAAAAUGAGCUUGGCGGCGUCACAGCCAAUAUCAAUGCGCAGAUGGCUUCGAAGGAUGACCUCAUCAAACAGCUGCAAGACCAAGUAACUCUAUGGCGGAAUAAGUACGAAGCCUUGGCGAAGUUAUACAGCCAGCUGAGGACGGAACAUCUGGACAUGCUCACGAAAUUCAAACAAAUGCAGCUGAAGGCCAAUUCUGCACAGGAGGCUGUUGAUCGCAUGGAGCGCAUGGAGCGGGAUUUGAAGGCGAAGAAUUUAGAGCUUGCUGACAUGAUCCGUGAACGUGACAAGGCUCGCUUCGAUAUUGAUCGCCAGAAAGCCUCCCAUAAAGACGAGUUGGAUCGCUUGCGGCGCGAGAUUAAUUUUGCCAAUGAGCGCGCGGAUGACACAAUGCGUUCGAAGAGCUCAGAAGUAUCAAGCGUGUUGACCAAGUACAAUCGCCAAAUCAACGAAUUGGAGGACUCAUUGAGGGCUAAACAAAUGCAAAUGGACGACUUACUGGAGAAAGUGAACAAUGCCCAACUUGAUAUGGAACGCCUGCGUGAAGAGAAGGAUCAGGAGAUCAUGAUCCUCCAAGAGGGCAUGGACAGCACCAUCCAACAGCUGUCGGAGGCACAACAGAACCAAGGCAUUAGCGAGGAGGCUACCAAUGCUCAAAUUGACACGCUUAUCCUUGAUAAUCGCAAGAAGUUAAACCAGAUCAUUGAUUCAAUUUUGCAAGCAUGCGUGCAGAAAGUGGAUGAUGCAAGUUACGAACUCGAAUCUCCAACGCAGGCCGGAAACAUCAACUCAACACCGGAGUAUACCUUGUCCAUGAUAGAAAAGGCGAUCGGUACCGCCACAGACUUUGCCACUGUCUUCAAUCUCCACCUCUCUGGGGACGUUGGCGGGGAUUACGUUGACGUUAUUAAGGGUGCCAAUGACUUCGCUCAAGUCUUGUCCGACGUCCUUGUGAAUACCAAAGGAAUCACCCGCCUUGCCAAUGAUGACGAUGCGUCUGACAAAAUCAUUGCCGUUGCCAAAACUGCCGGAGACGUUGGCCUCAGGUUCUUCCUCAACUUACAAUCCUACAAACUCGAUCUCCUCAAACCUGCUCAACGGAAAGAAGUGUCAAUGCGCAACAACAGCGAGACUAGGAACGCUCUUACGCGUCUCUCUGAGGUUGUUGAUGUCAUGGUGCCUAAAGGAGCCAAGGCACUUGGAAAGGCUAAUGGUGAUAUUGGAGAUAUCGUGGAACAGGAAAUGUUGAAUGCGGCCCAAGCUAUCGAGUCUGCCACCCAACGACUACAGGAGCUUAUGUCCCGCCCACGUGACUCUUCGCGGUUCAGUGCGGUCGAUCUCCAGGUACACGACUCUAUCUUGUCGGCAGCAAUGGCUAUUACGAAUGCCAUUGCCCGACUGAUCCAGGCUGCAACGGAGUCUCAGCAGGAGAUUGUCGCACAAGGGAAAGGAUCGAGUUCGGUCCAACAGUUCUACAAGCGGAACAACAGAUGGACAGAAGGUCUCAUUUCGGCUGCUAAAUCCGUCGCUUUUGCCACCAAUUUACUCAUCGAGAGCGCUGACGGUGUGCUCUCUGGUACGCACUCGCUCGAGCAGCUCAUCGUUGCCUCAAACGAAGUCGCUGCAGCGACUGCCCAACUAGUAGCUGCAUCCCGAGUCAAAGCAAACCUCAUGUCGAAGACGCAGGAACGACUAGAGCUCGCAGCUAAGGCUGUCACAGAAGCGUGCAAGGCGCUUGUGAGGCAAGUCAAGGCUAUCUCCGCGAAACAAGCGGCCGAGGAAGACGUCGAUUACAAGAAUAUGGCCGUGCUCGAGUUCAAGAGACGGGAAAUGGAGCAGCAAGUUGAGAUCUUGAGACUCGAAAAAGACCUUGGUGCUGCUAGACAUCGCUUGGGCGCUAUGAGACGCGCUGGGUACCACACUGAUGAGACAGACUGA